UUGUGUUUAAAACGAGCACCCCGCGGUAUGCCCUGGUUUCAAACAUGGACACAUGAUAUGUGAUGUCGUCACAAAGUGGGUAAACAUCUACAUUCAUUUUAGUCUCGACUGCAAGGGAACCCAGGCGACACCAAUCGUCUACAGUGUCCUGUAGUGAAGCAUCACGUUGACGACAGAUGAAUAAUGCAAUCAAGAUGAUGUUGGUGCAUCUGACACUGUUUACGUUGAUGGUCGCCCCAUCUGCAGGGGGUCUAACGCAACACAGGGCAUCCGUGACCACAGCUGUAACCAGUCCAACUGUGAUGACUGAGUGCGGUCUAGUCAAGGGGAGUCUGGAACAAGGCGUCAACGUGUUUAAAGGAAUUCCCUACGCAGAACCGCCUGUAAACCAGAACCGGUGGAAGGCCCCAGCACCUCUCAGCAACGUCACGGGCACCUGCUGGUCGGGAACCUAUGACGCGACUACAUUCGGGGCACAGUGUGCACAACCCAUAAAUAGUACAGAUUUUAUACAUUGGGUUGGAAAAGAAGAUUGUCUAUAUUUCAAUGUCUGGUCGCCAUCUUUAGACGUAAGUGACAACCUGCCUGUCAUGGCGUGGGUUCACGGCGGCGAUCUCGUGUAUGGUAAUGGCAGCAUGCCCGGGUACUCGCCGAGUCCCGAGCUAGCCAAGGAUUUACAAUUUGUGUUCGUCAGCAUGAACUAUCGACUCGGACCAUUGGGGUUUAUGACCCUUGACCUCCUCAGCAAGGCAUCGGACACGGGGACAUCUGGGAACUACGGUUUCAUGGACCAGAUUCAGGUCUUGAAGUGGAUUCAGUCUAAUAUCAGGAAUUUUGGGGGCGACCCAAACAAGGUCACACUGUUUGGACAAAGCUCCGGGGGCACCAGCAUUUAUGCUCUUUUGGCUUCCCCUCUCGCAGUUGGACUAUUCCAUCGCGCAUGGGUAAUGAGUGCUUCUGCUGUUCUCAACAAGACGUCGUCGGAUGCGUCAAGUGACAAUCAGGUGUUCCAGACAGCUUCCGGAUGCGCGGACAUUCAGUGCCUUCAAAGUCUGAGCGUGGAGAAGAUAUUCAAAGCCAGUCCCUGGACAGUCUACCCAAACUGGGCGAUGUCCGACAUUUCUGACCUGCCCGUUAAAGGCGGAUUUGACGGUGCUCUGGCUGUCGUUGACGGUCACGUGAUCCCUCAUUCACCAAUGGAUGCUUGGCAACAAGGACAGGGUACCGAUGUGCCUGUUAUCUUCAGUACUAUGGCUCAAGAGGCAGACAAAUACCAUCUAAACAUGACCACGUGGGACGAAUACAGGUCAGAGGUCACGCGGCAAUUGUCCUCGUUUGGAAGUGACAUUCCAAACAAACUACUGCAACUUUACCCGGAAUCACAAUACAUCACACCUAAACUUCAGUUGUCGGACUUGAUCUCGGACCUGCGUGUCACGUGUCCAAUUGACGUAGUAGCCGAUGUUGCCGACAGCUAUUUCAAGUCGUUGACCUACAGAUGUGUGGUCACGCAGUGGCCCUCUCAGCCUGUCCCAGGCCACGGUAGAUAUUCCUAUCACGGAUGGGACUCCACAGCUUUUUUCGGAACAAUAGAUAAAUUGAUCCCCAAACCUUCCCAGUCUGACCUGGACUUCACUGCCAACUUACGUCGAGAAAUAUCCGCCUUUGUAAAGACCGGUGAACCAGCCUCCACGACGUGGAAACCGACGAAGAUCAGCACAGCCCUGCUGGGGUCGACAACGAAUGUGACUAAGUUCUACCACCGAGACCAGUGCACCUUCCUGCUCCGCAACGGCUUCUUCUCCUACGCCUGGAUCAACUGACCAGCAAGGUCAAGGCUGUGACAAUCCAAUAUAAUGAUUAACUACAACGUCAUAUUAAUAGAGGUUAUCACGCUUGUGUGUUUGGGGAUGGGAAAUGUCCUGUAUUAGGAAUAAACACAUUAUUUAGCGA